CUGAUGAAAUUGUAAACUUUUUUUCUGCUCAGGCAAAUGUAGUCAGUCCACUGCACCCUUUCAAUCCGUUAUCUCUAGCUCUAUUUAAUUGCUCUUUCAAACUCUUGCAGUUAAUCUAGGGCGAGCUUGUGAGCAAAUUACUUGCUACUAUUACAGAUUGACACCCAAUUUGCUAUCAAAAUUUGCCUGUCAUUUGUAGCCAACCAUUCUAUACAUCGAGCAACUUGAACAGCAUGGCCAUGGCUAUUCAAAAGUGGCUACUCUUUCUGUUUGCAUUUACACCUUCAUGUUCUCAUCCUAGCGCAGCCUGAUUUACAAUACAAACCAUGUUGGUUCAGUGAUACCUAUACUGAAAAGAGUACAUACCAUAAAAAUCUUAUCUCGCUUCUCUCUUCCCUUUCCUCAAAAAUAGAUAAAUGCGGUUUCUACAAUGCUUCCGUUGGCCAAAACUCCAAUAUGGUCAGUGCUGUUGUUCUGUGUAGAGGAGAUGUGGGGCUAGAAGAAUGUCGCAGUUGUGUCAAUAACAUUGCUCAAGUGCUUGUACAUUCAUGUCCUAAACAAAGAACAGCUUUUGGUGGCUAUGAUGAAUGUAUUUUACAGUACAGCUCGAAUCGAUCCAUUAUAGGCACAAGGUCAUUUUCUACUCUACUGUACACGUCGAAUACUGAGGAUGCGUCAAGACCUAAGGAGUUUAACCAAGAGCUGAGAAAAUUAUUGGAUAAUUUACGAGACCUUGCUGCUGCUGGUGGUCGCUUUCGAAAAUAUGCUAGUGGCAAUGUGACAGGUCCAAAAUCUCAGCCAAUAUAUGCACUUGUUCAGUGUACUCCUGACUUAUCUCUUCAGAAUUGCUCUGCUUGAUUAAAUGAGGCUUAUGGAGAUAUGCCGAAUUGUACCUGCUAUGGCAAGAGAGGUGGAAGAAUCAUAGGUGCUAGGUGCAAUUUCCGUUAUGAAAGUUACAGUUUCUUAAAGGGUGUGGCGUGGGAAGCUCCGCCAUCGGCAGGGAAUGAUAUAAAAGCAGCUCCAAAAGAGAAUAAUGGUAAAAUAGCUCCAAUGAGGAAGGAUGAUAAAACAGCUCGAACCGUGAUCACUAUGGUUGUGCCAACAGUUACAAUUAUUAUUCUUAUUGUUUGUAUUUCUGUCAUCUCUAUGAAGAGGCAAAAGAGGAAGCUGGUGGAUAGAGUUCAGAGUAAGCAUAGAUUAUUAACAAAUUAUAUGAGUAAGGAAAGUUGAACUUUUAAGACCAUGUUUCACUAAUUUUUUGAAUGCAACUGCUACUAUGUUGGUGAAGUUAUAAGCGCUGAUGAUAUUAGCACCACAGAGUCCUUGCAAUAUGAUUUGUUUACAAUCAUAGCAGCAACAAACAACUUCUCAAAUGCAUUAAAAAAAAAUUCAGAACUUUGGUACAAAUUGCUAAGAAAUUCAGAAGGUUCUCAGAACUUGCACAAGAAUUUAACCAACACAAUUUUGCUUCAAAAUUGAUGCAGAUUGGUCUUCAACAACUCCAAAUGACUCCAAAAUGGAUAUCCAACCUUCUAAUACAAAUCACGAUAAGACCCAAUGGUUAGAUUCGACCCUUAGACCCAUUUUAUUUGUUUUUAAACCAUCAUGCUCAACAAUGGUAAUUUUUAAAAUGACUAAAUAAUUAACCGCUAUAACUUGUUAAACUGUCUCGAUAGUGUU